AUUUUACUACUAACACUGGUAGGAAACAGCCUUGUGUGCUUCAGUGUGUAUUUUUUUCCUCGUCUUCGAAAGCCGACUAACUACCUGAUUGUUUCACUGGCCGUCAGCGAUCUGCUAGUGGGUGCUUUUUCGCUUCCGUUCAGGAUCGCACAGACUGUCAAUGGCGAAAGGUUUCCUGAAAGCCUGGGUCUUGCUGGCUGUCGUUUUUGGAUAUGGGUCGAUAUGCUCUGCUGUGGCGCUUCCAUUUUUAACCUUGUUAGCAUCAGCAUCGAGCGUUUGAUGGCGGUGAAAUGGCCACUCAGACAUCGUACAGAAAUGACGUCUAAGCGAGCUUUUUUGAUGAUUCUUCUUGUAUGGAUCUUCGCACUCCUGGUUGCCUCUCUUGUCCUUGUGAACUGGAGCGGAAGGGAAACAGUCGUCAUAGCGCCGCAGUGCAGCGUUGCAAGCAGGGCUUACGUCACCAUCGUGGCGUUUGCGUGCUUUUUUGUUCCCCUUGCUAUUUUGCUUUGCAACUACGCCUGCAUACUCAAGACCGCCAUUGGCCGCGCACGGAAGAUGCAGAAGGAUAAAGAUACUAAUGCUGUCAGCUUCACUUGUAAGCGAGGCACAAACAAAGCUGAUACCACUGGAACUCCUACCACGCCCUCGAAGGACAUUUCGAUAGGUAUUAACCGAUGCGUUGAUCCCUUAGCUGACAGUCACCGGCGGCCUACAAAAUCGACAAGGUUGCAGUCCAUGAGACAGCUGAAAGCAACCAAGACAAUCGCCAUUGUAUUAGGUGUCUUCAUCUUUUCAUGGUUUCCGUUUUUUGUCAUAUUUCUCACAUUCAAUUACUGCACACACUGCUUCUCGCCAACCCGUAUUCCGAUACAGCUUAAAUCGGCCAUAGUCGUGACUUUCGUCUACGUCUUGCCCGUGAGCAAUUCAGCAGUUAACCCCAUUAUUUACACAUGCUUCAACGAAACAUUUCGCUCUGCAUUU